AUGUCUGCAUACUUGGAAAGGGUAAGAGGCUAUUUGGAGCAGUUGGUGGAAUAUAGCAUAGAGAAAAUCCUGAGAGAGAGGAAUACCCAUGUUGAUGCCCUCGCGAAGCUAGCUUCCACUAAAGAUGGGGAUACCCUUGAAUCAGUGCCUGUGGAAUACUUACCAAGGCCAAGCAUUGUCAAUCCAGAUGUUCACAUGGUCAGCAUCCCAAAGGAGUCAUGGGCUAACCCGAUUAUAAGCUACCUGAAGGAUGGAGUUGUGCCAACAGACAAGAGGGAGGCUCGAAGGCUAGUUUAUAAGGCAGCUCGAUACACCUUGGUAGAUGGGAUCUUAUACAAGAGGGGGUUUUCUAUGCCACUCUUGCGAUGUGUUGAUGAGGAAGAAGUUGUGAAGGUACUGUAUGAAAUACAUGAGGGUGAAUGCGACAACCAUACGAGUGGACCAUCCACGGCUUGA